AGGGAGAAGUGGCUUUUCAAGCCGGCUGUGCAGCCGGAGCACCUGGCGCAUUUGGAGGAGGUGGCAAAGCCAUCUCUGGUGGACCCCGAUCCCUUCGAGUGGACCCCCCAGGAGCGCGCAGAUUUCCAGUACGAGAUGGUUGACGGGAUUGUGCGCGUGUACCGCGGCGACGACCGCGACGAGGAGGCGUUCCCUGUUCCCGGCAACUCCUACGACUUCUUCUCCGACAUGCACUGGGUGCUGCGAAUCAGCGCGAUGGGCCCGACAAAGUCGCUGUGCCACCACCGGCUGAUGCUGCUGGAGCAGAAGUUCCGUCUGCACCAGCAGCUCAACGCGGACAAGGAAUUCCUCGCCCAGAAAUCCGCGCCCCACCGAGACUUCUACAACGUCCGCAAGGCGCGCCCUGUGGACACGCACGUUCACCACAGUGCGUGCAUGCACCAGAAGCACCUGCUGCGCUUCAUCAAGAGCAAGCUGCGCAAGGAGCCGGACGAAGUGGUCAUCUUCAGAGACGGCAAGUGGCUCACCCUCAAGGAGGUCUUUGAGUCCCUCCACCUCACCGGGUAUGACCUGAAUGUGGACACGUUGGACAUGCAUGCGGACAAGAACACUUUCCAUCGCUUCGACCGCUUCAACUUGAAGUACAACCCCUUCGGUCAGUCGCGCCUGCGCGAGAUCUUCAUCAAACAGGCGCGCCCAGCUCAUUUCCUGCAAAUUUGCCUUUGUGACAACCUGCUGCACGGCAGCUUCCUGGCGGAGCUGACGAAGGAGGUGCUGAGCGACCUGGAAGCUUCCAAGUACCAGCACGCGGAGUACCGCAUCUCCAUCUACGGCCGCAAGCGCGUCGAGUGGGACAUUCUGGCCGCCUGGAUCGUGCAGAAUCAGCUCUACUCCGACAACGUCGUCUGGCUCAUCCAGAUUCCGCGCCUGUACGACAUCUACAAGGCGCAGGGCCUGGUGGAUAAUUUCGAGCAGCUGCUGGACAACAUCUUCACGCCCCUCUUCGAGGUCACCGUCGACCCAAAUUCGCACCCUCAGCUCCACCUCUUCCUCAAACAGGUGGUGGGCUUUGACAUGGUGGACGAUGAGAGCAAGCCGGAGAGGCGGCCGGCCAAGCACAUGAAGACGCCGCGAGAGUGGGAGCUCAAACACAACCCGGCGUACGCCUACUACGCCUUCUACACCUACGCCAACCUCUACACCCUCAACAAACUGCGCGAGGCCCGCGGGCUCAACACCUUUGCGCUGCGGCCGCACGCCGGCGAGGCGGGUGACGUGGACCAUCUGGUGAGCGCGCUGAUGCUGUGCGAGAACAUCGCGCACGGCAUCAACCUGCGCAAGAAUCUGCCGCUGCAGUACCUCUUCUACCUGGCGCAGAUCGGCUUGUGCAUGUCCCCGCUGUCUAACAACUCCCUCUUCCUGGACUACCACAAAAACCCAUUUCCCACCUUCUUCGCGCGCGGCCUCUCCCUCUCCCUAUCCACCGACGAUCCCGUGCAGGCGUGUAUUCUCUCCCUUAUCCACCUGACCAAGGAGCCGCUUGUGGAGGAGUACAGCGUGGCGGCUCAGGUGUGGAAGCUGUCAGCCACCGACCUCUGCGAAAUCGCGCGCAACUCAGUCCUCCACUCCGGCUUCCCCCACCAGGUGAAGAUGCACUGGGUGCACCAGUACUACUGGCUGGGGGGUCCCCAGGGCAAUGACAUCCACAAGACCAAUGUGCCCAAUCUGCGCAUGCGAUUCCGCUUUGACAACCACCAGGAAGAGGUGCGAGCAUCUUGCGUACCCCUUUCCUAG